AUGCCUGUCAACACAAUUUCUGUGGGCGCCGCAGUUACGCCUACGGUUAUUCAAACAUACCUCUCGCAUUACCUCAAUCGUCGCCCGCUUGCGCAGAAACCCACGGCGCAUAUCUCUUAUCACGAAGGCCUUGAGCUCAUCCGCCGUUUCCUCCACUAUGCUUCCUUCCACACAGUCGACGAACUACAAGCGUUCACGUCACAAUGGGUUCCAGUGCCGCGUUGGGUGCACGUAAAUGUGGUGGAAGUCUCAAGCAAUCUGUUGGAGCGCUCGGCACAGCUACUCAAUGCGCAAUUGGGACCCGAAGGCAUCAAAGCCGUAGGAGGAAAGAACUGGUGGCAGUGGAGACGUGAUGGGACGACACUAAAAGCUGAGUGGAUCGAAAUGCGUAAAGAUUACGAUGCGAGGAAACAAUUAGCCAUCACCAAAGGCGACCGCAUCAUGCUGUAUGUUCAUGGCGGCGCCUACUUCUUUGGCAGUGUCGAUGAGCAUCGCUAUCAGAUGCAACGACAUGCGCGCAAACUCAAGGCUAGAGUGCUGGCGCCCAAGUAUAGACUCGCGCCCCAAUUUCCUUUCCCAUGCGGUCUACAUGACUGUUUGGCGGCCUACCUCUACCUUCUCGAAGAAAAACACGACCCUACGACGAUUAUAUUGGCAGGCGACUCGGCCGGUGGCGGCAUGGUUCUGAGCAUGCUGGUGACACUGCGCGACCAAGGCAUACCACUCCCCGCAGGUGCAAUUCUGAUCAGUCCCUGGGUAGACCUGACGCACAGUUUUCCCAGUCUUGGAGGGGAUGACAAGAUGGAUUACAUUCCCUCACACGGCUUCAUCCACAAGCCGAGUAUGAGCUGGCCACCACCCAACGCCGAUGAUAUGCUCGAAAUCGAAACUUCAUCCAAGAAGACCACUGGGAAGGAUAGCAACUUAGACAAAAAGGAAGACCGUGCAGCGAAAAAGGAGGCCAAGGCUGAGCGCGUACGAGGAUAUUCAGUCCAGUCAGGAGAUCGCCCACCUCUGGGAGAUAUCGUUGACCCUUCAGCUACCGGGCAAGACGAAGACGUCUGGGUUUCCUCAAAUGGCAAGUACAGCGUCGGACCGAAGAGUCAAUUAUCCGUACAGCUUGAGGAUGUACGUGUGGAGAUCAAGGACCAGAUCCAGAUGUACGCAGCAAACCACCUAUUGACACAUCCUCUGGUCUCGCCAGUUCUACAACCAACACUCGGCGGCCUGCCGCCUCUACUCAUCCAAACGGGUGGCGGUGAAUUGCUCAGAGACGAGCAAAUCUACCUCGCGCAUAAGGCUGCCCAACCACUGGCAUACAUACCACCCCCGUCCAAUAAUCAGACCGCCGAAUCCAUACAGGCUCAAGCCGCCAGCUACAAGCCCACCAAUGUUCAGCUCCAAGUUUGGGACGAUCUGUGCCACGUUACACCUACACUGAGCUUCACUCGACCAGCAAAGCACAUGUACCGCAGUAUUGCUCAGUUCGGCGCCUGGGCACUUGCACGGGCUCAGAAGAAGUCCAUCGACAUCCUUGAUGACGAUGACAUUUCCUUCAUGAGCAAGGACUCAAGUACCUCGUCAGAGUCGGACAAGGCGGGCUCAGGGUCUUCGUCAGAUGAUCCCAAGUCUUCAAACGCGGAGGCCAAACGAUUGAAGGCAGAGAAAAAAGCCACUCAGGAUGCACGUGUGGGUAGAGCUGGUGAUCCCAUCCCACCAUUCUCGAGCCACAUGAUACGCCAACGUAUCGAUCGACACGGCCGUAUUUACGCACUUGCACCCAAAGAAGAGCUUGUAGCUUUGAACAUUCCAAGCAUCGAUGUCGGUGUUCCAAAAACUGGACCUGUCAGCAAAUGGAUGAAAGCGCAAGCUCAGUGGAACAACAAGUUCUCCAAGCAGAAGAUCAAGAUUCAGAAGCAGCGUAUCAAGGACAUGCAAAAAGGUUUCGAGGGUUUUGAGGGUGAGACACCACCGCCAACCGCCUUAGCUGGCAGAAGGAUAAAGGGAAUGAAGGCCCAAAAAGCUGCAAAGAGGAGUUGGGGUAUGUCGAUGUGGUCUGGCUGGGGAAGCAAACACGACGAAGCCACUAUCGUACGCGAGAAGAAAGCAGAUCAGAACCCCGAUACCGAAGUCUCUACCUCUGUCGAAGAUCCAGCCCACGCCUUGGAUGGCACCGCAAGCAGCAAACCCGAACGAAGCCGUGCCACUGGACUCGCCGCUCCAGAUGUAAAACGAUCCCGCUCACGUUCACGUCACUCGGCCGUGACCGACCAAGGUCAAACUGGACUACCCAUGGACGACCUCACGAAAAUCGAAUCGAUUGUACCGCAUCCAGGUCUGGCCGACGCAACGACGAUUGCUCCAGAACGCUCUGCAUCCCCUCUUCCAUCUCCUACAAGCGAGCUCGGCAGCCCUGGCUUGCCUCCGAACAUCAUCGUUUCAGACAACCCUGGAAAUGACAGUACUAUUAUUCCGGCGACUGACACACUGACUACGCGUCCAACAGCGGGCGGUAUCGCGUAUCCUUUCAGCCUCAAGGUGGAUGGACUGGAUGGGAAGGAUGUUAAUGCUAGUACGCUCACGCUUGCUAGUGUGAACAUAACUACGCCCCCUGCUGUUGACGACGCGCAGAAUGAGGAGAAACAACUAGGCAGUAUGGGGGCGGUGACUGAGACUGUCAAUGAGCAGAUCUUGAAGGAGGAGAGACCACAUGUUGAGCGGUACUUCACUGCUGGCCAGGGCGCGGGGCUCUUUAGCAGUGGUAUUCCUGAGGCGAAGGUUGGAGAAGGAGAGACAGCAGAGAGGCCAGGUGUUGAGAGGUUUGAGACCGCGCAGGACGGUUUGCAAACACUUGCUGCCGGUAGCGAGAAGCAGUGA